GCAAUUGACGUAAGUCAUCUCUCUGUCAAAAAUUGUACUUUACGAGAAAAAGUUGACUUGUCCUCUGCUCUGGAUCAAAAUAUAUCGUGUUCAUCCAGUUUAAUUUACUAAAAUAUGGCUUCACUGUGCGGUAGAGUAGUUGCUUCCACAGCCAGAAAACAUAUUUUAACAUCAAACUAUCGCUUCGCCUCAAAAGUGACCUUUGGUGACCCAGUGGAACAUGCGACUGGUCUAGAAAAACGCGAAUUACUAGCCAAAGUAGCCGGGAACGAGAACCCCUUCGAUAUGAGGGUGCAAAAAAGGGGUCCCGGCACCAAAGCCCAGCCCAACGAAAUUCCGUCAGCCUUCGAUGCCAGAAUAGUGGGAUGUGUUUGUGAGGAAGAUUCCACAUCGAUCAACUGGAUGUGGCUGCACAAGGGCGAGCCCAAACGAUGCGAAUGCGGCCACUGGUUCAAUCUGGUACACAAAGCCCCCGUUUAAAUAACAUUUUCUCUUUGUAAAUUGUUCUUAGACCUCUAUCUAAUAUAAUAGUAUUUAAAUAUAAUUUUUUUUGUGA